AGUGACGGGGGCGCGCAGGGUUGCGGUGCUCGUCGCCGAGGGUUCCUUCGCGCGCUCCCGCUCGUGCACGCGCACGGCCGCGAGAUCUUUUUCCUCACACGAGCUAGCAGUGGAUUUUACCUCACGGUCAGAGAUUAAACGACGCGAAAGCGCAUAUGUGCAUGAACGGGACACGGUCGACGCAGGAUGGUUCGGGAAACCAGACACCUCUGGGUGGGAAAUUUACCCGAACAUGUUCGUGAGGAGAAGAUUGUGGAGCAUUUUAAACGGUAUGGCCGGGUGGAGAGCGUCAAAGUCCUGCGGAAGCGCGGCUCCGAGGGCGGCGUGGCGGCCUUUGUGGAUUUCGUUGACAUUAAAAGUGCUCAGAAGGCGCACAAUGCCGUCAACAAAAUGGGGGACAGGGACCUUCGCACCGAUUACAAUGAGCCGGGUUCAGUGCCCAGCGCCGUGCGGGGUCUGGAGGACGGCACCCCCUCUAGCAGUCAUGGAAGGGAGGUUGCGGGGUUCUCGAGGAGCACCGUGGGGCCGGUGUACGGGCCUCCGGUGUCUCUCCACACCAGAGAGGGGCGCUAUGAACGCAGACUAGACGGCAGCAGCUCUGACAGUCGGGAGCGAGCGUACGAGCACAGUCCUUACGGACACCACGAGCGCAGCGGCACAUUCGACAGGCCGCGGCACUACAACACAGACUAUUACAGGGACCGUUCUAUGUUUGCCUCCGGGGUCAGCUCCAGCCCGGCCGCUAGUGCUCUUAGCGGUGGCUUUGAUGCGUCCGAGUCUCACUUUGAGUCUCGGAUUCGUGACCCUUUUACCCUUUCCAGUUCCGCUCGCCGCGACCCGUACCGGGACGACAGGGGCCGGCGCGCUGACCGGACGUACCACCAUCAUCGGCGGAGCCGGUCCUCGCACUCUUCCCAGUCCCGGCACCCGUCGCCCCAGAGGAGCGCGGGACAGACCCCUAAAGCCGCCCACUCGCCCAAAAGAGCGCCCGUGUCUCCCAGCCGGGGCCCGCGCUCACGCUCACGCAGCCCGUCUUCAAGCUCGGACUCGGUCAGCAGCACCAGCAGCACUGGCAGCGGCAGCAGUGAUUCGAACAGCAGCUCCAGUGAAGGGUCGCGAGCGCGCUCAGUGCAGUCUACGGCCACUCACGCUCCUCCGGCUCCUCCUGUGCUCGCGCUGGACUCCGACGAGCCACGGAGGAGCUUCGGCAUCAGAGUCCAGAACCUCCCGACACGAUCCACAGAUACGAGUUUGAAAGACGGGCUCUUUCACGAGUUUAAGAAGUAUGGGAAGGUGACAUCGGUGCAGAUCCACGGGGCGUCGGAAGAGCGCUACGGUUUGGUGUUCUUCCGACAGCAGGAGGACCAGGAGAAAGCCCUCAGCGUGUCCAAAGGGAAGCUCUUCUUCGGGAUGCUGAUCGAGGUCACGGCCUGGAACGGCCCCGAGACGGAGAGCGAGAAUGAGUUUCGUCCCCUGGACGGACGCAUCGACGAGUUUCACCCCAAGGCCACUCGUACGCUGUUUAUCGGAAACCUGGAGAAGACCACCAACUAUCAGCAGCUACUCGACGUCUUCCAGCGCUUCGGGGAGAUCGUGGAUAUUGAUAUCAAGAGGGUGAAUGGCAUUCCCCAGUAUGCAUUUGUUCAAUACUCUGAUAUUGCAAGUGUUUGUAAAGCCAUUAAGAAAAUGGAUGGAGAGUAUCUCGGCACCAACAGACUGAAGCUUGGGUUUGGGAAGAGUAUGCCGACAGCAUGCGUGUGGUUGGACGGGCUGACCUCGAACAUCACAGAGCAGUACCUCACACGACACUUCUGUCGCUACGGACCCGUCGUUAAGGUUGUGUUUGAUAGGUUAAAAGGAAUGGCUCUUAUUCUGUACAACAACACUGAUUUUGCCCAAGCAGCUGUUAGAGAAACCAAAGGAUGGAAGAUAGGAGGGAACAAAAUUAAGGUUGAUUUUGCCAGUCAGGAGAGUCAAAUGGCUUUCUAUCGAUCUAUGCAGGCAUCAGGGCAGGACAUCCGUGACUUUUAUGAUAUUCCAUCAGAGAGGAGGGAAGAGAGGCGAACUCCUUAUCAUGAGUUUUCAGCUGAGCGGGCAUAUUACGAGAAUGUAAGGACUCCUGGCAUUUACGCCGAAGACCCCCGUCGAGACUAUCCUGGUCGCAGUCGCGAUCGCUAUGCAGAGUUGGAUCAUUACCAAGGAGAACAUUACGAUCCCCGCUAUCAUGAGGACCCACGGGAAUACAGAGAUUAUCGAGACCCUUUUGAGGACAUCAGGAAGUACAGCUAUAUCCCGGAACGGGAACGGGAGCGGGAGCGAUUUGAGGCCGAUCGAGGCAGAUGGAGCCCGUCUCAUCAGCGUCGUCCCUUAACUCCCUCUGCUUCACCCUCACCUUCUGAUCGUGUCUCACGAGAAGCUGAAAGACGCGUGUACAGACACUCCUCUGAGAGAUCUGGAAGCUGCAGCUCACUGUCUCCACCUCCACCUCAGUUUGAGAAGUCUGAGAAAUCGCCAGUAGAUUACAAAUCAGAAGGACUGGAGAGAGAAAUGGAGCAGACCGAGGCAGAGCGUACAAGUGGAUCGGAGAGCAAGAAGCGUAGCAGACGCAAGGAAAAGGCUGACAGAGAGAAGGGAGAGAAAGCAAAGCAAAGGAGAGGCAAAGUGCAGUCUCCCACUGUUCCUCAUUCUGAAGCAGAGAGAGAGGCUAGUCUGGAUUUGGGUUCUGGGAAAGUAAAAGUUUCAGAUUUGGAGAGUCAAGAAAGGCAGAAGCAUAAAGGGGAAAAAGAACCCUCUCCUACUGACCACGUUACUCGCCUCGAGUCUCAAAAGGGAGAGCGACUCGAUCAGUGCAAAAGUGAGUCGUUAGACAGGGAUGGGAAAGGAAAGUCAAAGAAACAUUUAAAAUCUGACUCUGGUAGUGAUGGCAAAGAUUCCCUUUUAGAUUCUGACAGACUUGCAGCGAGAAAGAGGCGGUUUGGUGAUCCCAGUGGGAAAACUAUAAGACAGAAAAGAGGCCGUCUAGAGGAUGAUCCAGUUUCUGCGAUUAGCCAACCUGCAGAAUUUGCAAUGAACACGGGAUUUGCAAAAGAGACCGAUGUUGAUGUGAAAGCAGAGAAAGAGGCUCAAAAAAGAGAACACUCCAAAUCCAGGAUUGGUUCUCAUUAUAGUCAAAGGGAAGAGCUGGAUAGUACUACGAGAGGGACGUCUCAAGGCCCACCGUUACGACCAGGUGAAUUAUCUGAAGUGGAUAUUUUGGACUCAAAAUCGCACCCUGUGCCUAGGCGAUUUUCAAACGAUGGAACCUCAGAUAAGGACAGCAAAGUAAGGGACGAAUAUCUAGAAAAUAUUGACCUUUCUCAGAGUUACCGCAAACAGAUGGAGCAAAACCGGCGGCUACGGCAGCAGCUGCAGACGCCUGAUAAACCAGGAAAGACAGAAACUCAUCAAGGUAUAGAUGCAGAAGAUCUUGAGCAUCGUAGUCUGGUACAUGAGGUUGGCAAGCCUCCGCAGGAUGUAACCGAUACCUCGCCUCCAAGUAAGAUCAAGAAACAAGAGUCCUUUGAGAUGGAAAUGAGUGCUAAGAGGGAAAGGAUUUACCGAACGGUUCGGCAAAAGAGUGAAGACCUUGAGUGGAAUAACACAAACUCUCCAAGGUUUCAGCAUGCCCCGCUACAAAGAGAGGAAGAAUAUGCAGACCCCCGUAUUCAAAUGACUGUGAGAGAAAUAAAAGAACCCUCAAAACCUGAAGAUAAUGUUCCAUUAGAUCUGGAACUUGCCAGUAAACGGAUGCACACCUCACAGAUGUCAAAGAUGAGUACAUCGCUACAAGAUGAACAGCAAAGACGAUGGGAGAGUCAACUAAAGCAAGACUUGUUACCAGACUUUUCAAGGACCUCUGAGAAAAGGCGUCUCAAUCGGAAGUACUUGGAUUAUGGACUUUGGCCCGAUUUGGAACCUGGUGAAGUGCGUUCUGACUCUGAAGAGGAUCGUGAAAAUAAGCCCAACUCUCCUGCGCCAUCAACUUCUGUAUCUUUCUCUGAAAGGCAUCGUCCAGACAGGUUGUCAGAGUCCAAGCUAACAUCCUCUCUAGAGAGACACAAAUUCCGUUCUUUUGCAGAUGAUCAGACAAUCACUCCAGAUACUAAAGCUUUGUUAGAGCGUGCAAAGUCUUUGUCCUCCUCAAGAGAAGACAACUGGUCUUUCCUUGAUUAUGAUUCACAUUUUGCCAGUUUCAGAAGUAGAAAGGACACCGAAAAGGUAGAGUCAGCACCAAGACCAACUCCCUCGUGGUACAUGAAGAAGAAAAAAAUUCGAAGUGAGUCUGAAGACAAAGUGGAUGACAGGAAAGAAGAUCCAAAGCCAGAAGAACAGGAGAGACGAGAGUUGUUUGCAUCACGUUUUUUGCACAGUUCUAUUUUUGAGCAGGAUUCAAGGCGUCUCCAGCAUCUGGAGCAAAAGCAUGAGGACCCUGAACAUGGUAUUGGAUAUCUGUACUCUCAGCAAGGCCCAGCAGAAGGGCAGCCUGACCCAGAACCAGUUGUGCUUUUCCAUAGCCGUUUCUUGGAGCUAACAAGGUUGCAGCAACAGAAGAAUAAAGAACAAAUCCCUCAAAAUUCCAAGCAUGAAGAAACCAUAGAUGCAACUAGAGUAAGUAAAACACCAGAGGAAGAACAAGCUCCACAGCAACAAAAUGCUACUGAACCUAGUAUCCAUCAAGCUGAGAUCAAAUCAAUUAGCCCUGUUCAGGCUCCUCAGACUAGUCCUGUCCAAGCUCCUCAAAUAUCACUGCCUGCUUUAGCAGCCAAAGAAUCCUUGCCAUCAGCAGAAACAGAAUGUGCUGAUACUCCUACCUAUAAUUUGCUUGAUCCUUCCAUGAAGGAGGAAGAUAAAGAGCAUGAAUUGCCCUCCGCUCAGCCAUUAAAGCCUUUACUUGAGGACCCCUCAGAACCCAAUUGUUCUCCAGAAUGCCAAGAGUCAAAGAUACCAGUCGAGGAGAUGGUAUUGAAGACUAAUGACUUUGAAAGUGCUCCUGAAACCAACAAAGAUGUUGCAGAACUGCUCUCGAGCAACGAAACACCAGCCAGCAAUUCGCAACCAGAGACUGAGCCUCCAGUCAAGUUUCCUGAAUCCCAAAGUCCCCUCUCAAGUAUCCCUUCUGAGCAACAUGAAAAGGAACCUGAGCCACCUGUUACAGAGGCUGAAUCUAACAGUACAGAUGAUCAGAAAGUUGCUGAUAAUUAUCCAGUUGAAGAAGCUGUGUCUCCCCCUCCAAAGUCAAGAAACAAAAAGGCUAAAACCUCUCCUACCACACCAGUAACUACACCUCUGCCUGCUACCCCAGACAAACAGAGUACCCGCAAAAGUGUGCGCAUUGACAAAGAAAAACUGAAACGCUCAUCUUCUCCAAGAGGAGUGGCAUCCAAGGCAGUACCUGAUUCAAAGUCAGUAAGUAAGUCCCCUGGGCACAGCACAGAAAUGGAGCAAGGUACAGAGCAAAAUGUACCACCUAGGGCAAGACGUAGGAAUGUGCGUUCUGUUUAUGCUAAACCAUUUGAAGAUGAAAAUGCUCUGCAACCUGGAAAAGAUGCUGAAUCACCUCGUGCUGUGCGGAAGCGUGGCGUAGAUAAAGAUGUGGGUACUGAUGUAGAGACUGUUACUGCAGCACCCUUGAAACGGGGACGCCCCCCCAAGAAUCGACGCCAAGCAGAGGAUGUACCAGCAGGAAAAACUGAACGGUCAAAAUCAACUGAGUCUAAAGAAUUGGAUGCAAGUGAGAUGAACAGUGAGGAUGUUCCCAAAGUAGGUAAAGGCAAAUUUUCACCCCACACACAAAAAGGAGUAAGUCCAGUGAAUGUAUCCGCAUCUGGAAAUGGAAAAAAGGGAGACAAAAUGGAGAAAAUAUCAGAAAGUUCCAAACUCAUUACUGAAGAAAACUCUCUUGUUCUUAAAAACCUUACAAUUCGGCUUGAUGUGACAGAGGUAAAGGCAAUGCUUCAGACUAGUGAAGAUGAACCUGGAGCUGAUGAUUCUCCCAAAAAGAGCUCACCUGGUGUAUCUUCAAAGGAUGAGGUACUAGAAGCUAAAUUUGAAAAUGAUGCCAUGGAUGAAGUUAAUAAUAGUGAAGGAGAAACAUUGCUUGCUUCAACAAAAGCCAUUGAGCCAGAUGUAGCUUUGCUGUCUCGAGAGCUGGAGCUUGAGCAAGCUGUUGAGAAUAUUGCAAAGCUGACAGAAGAUGCAUCUCCUCCUCCGUUCAAAAGUAACUUGACAAAGGCACAACGUUCAUUAGCUGAAGAACCAGAGCGAGACUCAGAAGAAGAAAAGCCUGCAAAUCCAUCCAGUGAAACAGAGCUUGCUGCUGCUAUAGAUUCCAUUACGUCAGAGGACACAUCUUGUACCCUGCCACAAGAACAAAUAAUCAACUCUGCUGUAGAUUCGGAUGCUGAUAUGCAGACACUUGGAUCCAGUUCAAAAGUAUCUGAAACCUGUGUUAGCACAACAGUUGAGGAGACCAUAACCACUCCUAAAAAAGUGUGUAAAGGCAGAGCAAAAGCAUCAAAGAAGGGCAAAGGCCAAAAGGGUGCUGGAAGCAAAAAGGAACCCUUCAAAGAUGCAGUUUUGGAUGCUGAAAACAUCCCUGUGAAGUCACCAGAAUCCAUACCCACCGAACUUCCAACAGUCACAGAAAGAUCACCCACAAGUACAGCUGUUGUCAUUACUUCCUCGUCCAAGCAGGGUGUAACUUUAACAGCGCCUAAUGCAGACAUUCCAAAUGAACCUGAGUUGCCUCUUAAAACUGAGAUGGAUAUCCCAAAAUCUUCUCCUGCUCUCAGCAGAAGCCCAACAUCCAAGUAUCAGCCUUAUUCAUACAAAAACACAUCCCCCUCAAUGUCUCCAACAAGAACUUGCCUCAAGAAUUUAUCCUCAUACCCAAGCAGGAUUUCUGUUUCCCCAACAGAGCGCUUCAAUCAGCCAAAAGAAGCUGGGGUCCUCUCCCCUCCACAGACCUCUGUGGAGAGCCCGACAUUACCCUCUGAUACCCCUGUUCAUGAUGCCAACUCAGGUGAUUUGCGUAAAAUCCUCACAAAGCCUAGAACUGGCCCAGUGUUGGACAUUGGUGCUACAUCUGGGAAUAUGCAUCCUCAUUCUGUAAGGGAAAGUGACAUUACACCAGAAGUGGUAACCAGCAAAAGUGCUCAUCAGGAUAACAGGCAACCCUCCGUUUCAGCCCAACCUGUAGUUCGACAACCUGCUUCUAUACCAUCCCCAGAAACAAAGCAGAUCUUCAGUGAGAAGUCUGUUAUUUCGGUUAUUGCUUCCACUCCUACCUCUGUCAUCAGUCGAGUUUGCAAUCCCCCUGACUCAGAGGAUAAGCCAAAUGUUCCCAUUGGAAAUCCCUUUCUCGACAAACAACCUCCAAAACAGAUUUACCAGCCAAGCUUGGAGGAAAGCAGUACUUACCAUGGUCCACCAGUCGGUGAGGAAGGUGGAAAUGCUGGUCGUUAUAUUGUGGAGAGUACAUCGCUGAGUACAGGUUCAAGCACAGGACUGAGAGUUCAGACGUCAGAAGGUGUAGUGGUGCUGAGUCAUUCUGGCCAGAAAAUGGAGGGGCCACAUCGCAUAAGUGCCAAAAUCAGCCAGAUCCCACCUGCCAGUGCUGUGGACAUAGAGUCACAGCAGCUGGUGUCCAUGCCCCAGAUCAAGCAGGAACUUUACAGUGCCUCCCAACCACCAUCUUCGAAAUGCUCACUUCCUUCAGAUCAUGGGCAUUCAAUGAAACCACAACUAAAUGUCUCCACAAUUAAACAAGAGUCUGCACUGGACAAAUUAGAAUCCUCUUACACUCCAGUUCAAAGUGGAGUUGUUAAAAUAUUGCAACAAACGCCUGGCCCAUCACAGGUCAUGAGUUACCAUCAUACAGUGAUGAAGCACCCCAAGAAGGGAGAUGGGUCAGAGUCCCUCAGCGUGGAUGGCGUGAAACCUGCCUGGGUCCCAACUAUUAGUCCUGCUAUAAGUCCACAUCUUCCCCCAGCAGCAAGCAAUCAUGUUGGGUUCAUAGCUGGCACGUCGACAGAUCGAACUCCGUCACUUAUUCAACCUAAGCAGGAGCCGCGAUCUCCCAGGAAAUCUGGACACCCUCAUUCUCCUUUUGCCAAAGUGUCGUCUCCUAUAGGCUCUUCAUCUCCAAAAGGUGUGUCUAUGGUCCUUCCCCCUGGAUUACCCCCUCUGUCCCCAUAUGUUUCCACUGUCCACCACUCUGAGCAGUCUGUGAUCAUGCCCCCACACAAUGCUCACAGUGGUAUUGGAAGAAUGUCACCGCACCGUGUUGGCCCAAUAGGGCACCUCACUCAGGGUGAGGUAAGAGUGAACACUCCUCCCCUCUCUAUGAUGAACUAUGCCAUUCACUCUGAAAGCCUCACUUCCUCUUGGCCACCUGGCCAGCAGCGGCCCACAUCUCCCCAGGCUGUGGGGAACAGGGAAAUGGUCCUCAAAGUUAACACAGCCAAUGCAAGAAGCCAUGAUGGGGGGGAAGAAGAGGCAAGGCGUUUCCAUACAUCUCUUGGAAGACCACCAGCUGCUCAACUGAAACCAGAAUCCAUACCAGCAGAAUAUCGAGGAGCUCCCAGUGGUUUACCAAUCGAACGAUUCAACAUGUCACCAAGAGACAUGCGAGUACUCAUUCAUCACCAGCAAAGCGAUCGUCCCACUGCAGAAUUACACCAGGUGCAUGUCCCUGAGAACAUACCACCCUCUUCAACUCCUACCAGCAUGGCGGCAUCUCUUUCCCCUCGGCCACACUUGUUAGCAAAGGGAGUAUCUGAGAAGGACCCCUCGAAAACAUCAGAGCUUAGGAGGGCACAGACGCCUCCCAAUAAGGAGGGAAUGAUGGCAAUCCGUAGUGCAAUGCCUCCCAUGGCUUCUCCUCAGAGAGUUCAGCUGAUGACACCAGGAGCUGGAACGUCCUUCCCUGAAUAUUCAGCCAUGUAUACAAACCUACGGCCCACCCACGCUCAGUUUGCUGAUAAUUCUCCAAUGGGGAUUAACCAGUCCACCCAUAGCAUCCCACCAUCACAGGGAGCUCAGGAGCCAGAGUCAAGUCAGCCACAAGCUGAAGCUAAAGUGGAGUUGGUUGGACAUCAGCCGGUGAAUAUGGUGCAGCUUCUGACGAAAUACCCUAUUGUGUGGCAAGGCCUACUGGCACUGAAGAAUGAUACAGCAGCGGUUCAGCUGCAUUUCUUAUGUGGAAACAAAGCUCUUGGCCUGCGGUCUUUGCCUCUCCCGGAGAGCGGAGGGAUUCUCCGCAUCGUACAGAGAAUGAGGCUGGAGGCGCAGCAGUUGGAGGGAGUCGCUCGCAGAAUGACGGGGGAGAGUGACUUCUGCCUCCUGUUGGCCAUGCCGUGUGGCGUCAACCAGGACGACGUGUUAAACCAAACGCAGGCGCUCAAGUCUGCCUUCAUCAAUUACCUGCAGGCCAAACUGGCGGCUGGAAUCAUCAACGUCCCCAAUCCCGGCUCCAAUCAGCCUGCCUACGUGCUGCAGAUCUUUCCACCGUGCGAGUUUUCCGAGAGCCACCUGUCGCGCCUCGCUCCGGACCUCCUCAGCCAGAUCUCCAGCAUCUCUCCGCACCUCAUGAUUGUCAUCACCUCUGUGUGAUUCACCUGUCUCCUCCACGGAUCUCUCCUCGUGUCUGUGGGCCACGGAUGCUCUUCUGCGUUUCUGUACAGUCUGACUUCAUGUCUCUGCAGUGUUUGUAUUUAUUGAUCAAUUUCAUUUGUUCAUGGAAAUGCUUCAUUGGGCGAAAAGAAAAAAAAAAUCACAACUGUCUUGAGCGACGCGUGACGUUUUCUUCAUUUGUUGAUUUUGAGUCUAUUUUUUGAAGAACGAAUCAUAGAAAUUAUUGUAACAUAAAUGUGUUUUUAACCAGUCAUGUGGUCCCGUAGAGGAUUGAACAUUGAGAUCGUCUCCGAUCACCCGCAGCAAACCGACAGGAUCAUGGAGUUUCUGGUUUGCCGGACUGUAAAUAUUUUAAAUAUUUAAAACCGUGGCGAGAUGAAACGAGCCCAAAAGAGUCGCCCUUUACCUUCGGCUGUGGAUCGUACAGUAUCUGGAGGACUGAAAGAAAUACAGAAUCAAACCGCUUUUGUGAUGUAAAUACUUGUGAGACUUUGGGGCUGGCAGCUCUUUGGUGGGUUUGUUGCGGGCACUUCAGAUUUUCUUACUCAAAUAAAAAAAAAGGCCAUAAAA